AGGAUAUUAAUUAAUUAAAAUUAAAAGUAUAAUAGCUCAAAACACCAAUUCAUGUUCAUCCAGACUGCUUUCACUGCUCAUUUAGACUCAAAAUUACUAUUCACUGGUUUGUGAUUGGCUGUUGGCCUGAGGUGGGCCUGGAGUUCUCUGCGGAGUCUUUUCCUUCAUUCUGUACCGCCAUUAGCUGCCUCUAUUCCAUUAUGUGCUGACGUUUUCUGCCGCCUUUUCGGGAAAAAAAAACAUAAAGUUUUACUUCUCUGGUUGGGAGAACAAUCGCGUUGGUCACCAGUGGAUUGGAUGGACCCAAAUUAAAGUACAAAGGAGUCUUGAGAGGAGAGGAAACCUUUUUAGUUCUCUUUGAGCUGCAGCGUGGGUCCGCUGUUGGCUUCGUUUAGUUUGAUCAGGUCUCUAUGCAUUGGUCGUCGAGACCCAAAUGACAGAGCGAUGGAGAUUGGAUAGCUUUUUAACGAAAGGAUUGGGGGAUGAUGAGAGAGAAAACAGCAGGCUAGAUAUUUUUGCUGGUUGUUUGGCGGAAUUAAGUUCCACGUAGCUUUUUUUAUUUUGGGCACUUAUUUUACCUAACCCGGCCCAGUUCCCGGCGGCCGGCACAGUUCUAUAUGUCAAUGACUCUUUUUCUCCCCUCCUUCCCUCUCCACAGCUACCAAAUCGACAGAAACCCUCUUUCGUAUCCUCAUCUUCUUCUCUCUCCCUCCCUUCUCUCAGUACCGUCUGCCCGUCCAGACACAACCGCACUGAUUACCAUUCCCCGGCGACAUUGUAUCUCGACUCUCACAUAUAUCUCUAUUUUUCUCUUCGUAGGUCGAGACUCGAUUGGGAGGAUAUCUAGAUCCGCAGGAGAUCCCAACAAUGAGUUCACUGUCAGAGGUGUCUUUUGAAUACCAACGAUAUGCCAGUAGGACCUGGUGAUUGCCUGGGUAGGGGCCCGUGCUCUACUUCGGUGAUUUUUAUGGUGGUUCGUGCAACAAUCUCUGCCAAAUCCGGAUUUUCUCCCCUGUGAUUUGAGCCUUGAGGCUCUCAGUUGCAGAUCAGAAAGCUCAUAUGAUUAGUAGCAGAAGAGAUAUAGAGCAGGAGAUUAUAUCCAUUUCUUCCUCUCUGCUUCGUACCCUUCUUCUUUUCUAUUCCAUUCACUAAUCUUUCUUUUCAGAUUGUAUACUCUAUUUUCCCCCUUAUCUUCUGCCAUGGCCUGAAGUUUUAAGUAACUUUUUCGCAGUUUGUAAAUUUCUGGAAGGGUUUGGAGGUAAGUUGGGUUCGCACUUGGCCCAAAAAAAAAGAGCAGAUUUUGUGUUCUUCCAUAUAUGAUCAGCCCCCUCUACUCAAUAAGAAGCUCCUGAUCCUAAUUUGGGAUUUCUCUUUAGAUCACUUAUUUGGGAGCUCGAACGAUGCUCUUGAGAAGAAUAAGAUUUAUAGGCUCUAUUUUGGGUGCACAUGAUUGCCCAACCAUAUUCUAUUUGAUGAAUUCUUCUCCAAAUCUAACUGUUGAGUUUCUCUCUUUCAGUUAUCUUUUUUCCUGUCCAUCAGAAAGGUUACAUUUGAUGGGUUUGUAGAUCAUGAUGUUAGGUAGUGUGUGUUACAUCAGUCACUAGGUUACUUUUUAUUAUCACACUAUUCAGGGUUCUGCUAUGCUCCCAUUGAAAGUAAAGUGGAACCCUGCGCAUGGUGCUUAUAAUCCUUCUAACGGAGAAUUAAUGUAAUGGUAUGUCCCUAAAAUUUAUUAUCUUCUCACAGUUAAUUUAUUAUUUUGCAGGAUAUUGCUGUGUCAUGGAAGAUCGGUUGAGGAAUUUGAUUUGUGAUACACGUGAGUAGGCUGGGUGGUGGGAGGUUGUUUACUCACUUGGUUGCUAGCUGUAGUUUAGGAAAAACCAUUUGUUUCUUUUUUUUUUCUUCUUAUAAGGAACUGUUUGUCGUUGGUCAAAUGGAAUGUUGUAAAUGUUCUCUGCCAACUUAUAUGGUUUUGUUACUGAUGUGACCAAAUUUAGUCAAUUAUUAAAUGCUCUGAUGCGAGAACUAUGAACCAUAUUGGUUGAAGUUUAUGUAAACAUAUAAUAUUCAGUGCUGGACAUGUUUAUGUCCGUGUCGGUUUGUUUGUUAGUUUAAGUUUAUCUAUGAAGUUCUAUACAAUCUUUUGCACAUUGGUUUCAUCUAAUAGGAAUUAUCAAAUCAAACCUCACCGAACAACUUAUGGUGUCAUUUCUGCUGUCAUGCAUGCAAUUUACUUUCCCAGCAGUUGCUCCAAUGUAUGGUGAAUAUGACCAAUUUCAUUUGUGAUUCUGACAAGUCCAUUAAACAAGAUUGAGAUUA